AUGGACUGCACUGAUACAAUCUUCCCUGGAGUGAGAGAGCAAAGCAUUGCCAACGAGUGUCAACUGAACCAACAAAACAACAUGAGCAUCAAAGACUCUAAGUACGCUGAGGAGCAAGAAAACCCCAAUACUAACGCGAAAACUUGGGCCCAAGAGGUUGAUGAGAUGUAUUCUGUUUCCGAUGAAGAAGUCGCUUACUUUCCGGAAACAGUCAUUGCUUGUGCAUCUCAAAACCAAGAGGAGCGUCAAAGUGCUGUAAAAACUUGGGCUGAAGAGAUGGACAAAGCGUUUUGUUUUUCGGAUGACCACCUCGCUUACUUUCCGGAAACAUUCAUUGAUCGUGCACCGGCACACCAACACAAGCGCGUCACAUUUACAAAAACUUGGCUUCAAGAGAUAGACGAGGUGUUUUCAUUUUCGGGUGACGCCUUCGCUUACUCUCGGAAUACUUCUGUCGAGCGGUGUGACACGAAGGGUUACUGUGAGGUCAUCCGGCGCCACGUCCCCUUCCUGACCAGGGCAGAGCUGCACAACCUGGGCGGCGGACGCCUCCUGGGUGAAGGUGGCUUUGGCCGUGUAAGGCUGGUGUCCUGGGAGAAUGGCGCCCCGGCUGUGGUCAAGGAGCUGCUGCAGGCCGGGCAGCUCUUGCCGGUGCUGGCAGAGGCCACUAUGCUGCUGCAGCUCAGUGGAGCAGGCGGAGCGCCUCAGCUUCUAGGCGUGUGCCAGUCACCACCCGCCCUGGUGCAGGAGUUUGUGGGGCAGACCUAUGACCAGUACCUGAACGUGUGUUCGGUGAAGGAGUGCCUGGCGUCACUGGAGGCCGUGUGCCACUGCCUGCAGGAGGUCCACGACAAAGGCAUCCUGCACAACGACCUCAAGUGGAACAACAUUACGUUCACCGGCACAGUCAGCGCGCCUGUGUUCCACUUCAUCGACUUUGGCCUGGCUUCUUCCAGCUCCAGCGCGGAGGUGGAAAAGGCAGAGGCAGAUAAGCGUGACGAGGUCACCAGUGAGGACGACGACGACUCACUUUAUUCAACGAAACCCCACUGGGUGGCGCCUGAGGUGUAUCGAGGAGGACCCGUCUUCCCCUCUGGCGACGUGUACAGCCUUGGCCGGCUGAUGGACGACGUAAUGGACUGGUGCACACACGACUUCCUGACAGGUCCCCUCAGGAGUCUGUCACGCUCGUGCACUGUACGGGAUGCGAACCGCCGCCUCUCCCUCGACCGCGUGGCUCACUGCCUCGCCAUCCUCGCAAAAAGCCUCACUUUGCAACAGCUGGCUCAAAAAUUUACUCCUGAAGAUGGGAAAGAAGACGAGGGCGAAGGAGAGGGCGAGAAAGUUAAUGGCGUGAUGUCAGAGGAACAAGACGGUGACAUCGUGAAAGUUGAUGCAAAGAAAAGUGAAGACAAAGUUGAUGAUGUACAGUCAGAAGAAGAAGAAGAAGACGACAAGGUUGAAGAUAUAGUGUCACAAGAAGAGAAUCAAGAGGAACAAGAUAAUGAAGAUGACGAAUUUGUGACAGAAGACACAAAGGAAAAUGGAGAGGAUAGUACACACGAUGAUGUAGAUUUGGAGGAAGAGGAUGAAGAUAAGGCCGAUGGUAGAGAAUCAGAAGAGGAUCAAAAGGAAGGAGACAGCGAAGACGAUGCAACUGUGACAGAAAACAAAAGCAAGAAUCAUGAAGAUGGUGAGAUAGAUUAUAUGGAGUCAGAAGAAGAAAAGGAACAAAGAGAUGAGGAUUAUAUUAUAGUGUCAGAAAAAGAUGAUAAAGACGUCGAUGGAACAAUCACAGGAAUGGAAAAGAAGAUUAAAGAAAAGAGUGAAGUAAAUUUUGAAGAGGGAGAAAAGGAUGAGGAUGAUGAAGGAGAUAAACUGGCCGAUGAUAGAGAACCAGAAGAACGUGAAGAGGAAGAAAACAAUUAUAAUAUGGCAGAAGACAAACGCAAAAAGAAUAAAGAAGACGAUCAUGUGGAUUAUGUAGAGUCAGAAGAGGGUGAGAAUGAAGAUGAUGAUUAUGAUGCUAUAGAUUCAGAACAAGAGAAUAUAGCUGAAGAAAACAAAGAACACGAAGACACUGGGACAGAAGACAAGGGGAAGAAUGAAGAAGCUGAUGAAGACCAUGACGCUGAGAAAGAAGAGGAAGAGGAAAGAAAAGUUGAGGGUAAUGAUUUGGAGUUACAAGAGAAUGAUGGAGAGGAAGAAGACAAAAGAGACGAUGGAGUUGUGACACAAGACAAAAUGAAGAAUGAAAAGGGCGGUGAAUUGAAUGAUGCAGUACCAGAAUCAGACGAGGAAGAGGAAGAUGACGAUGAUGAAGCUGAGGAUGAUGAAGAAGAUGAAGGGAAAGCGCACAAAGAAGACGGUUAUGUGACAAAAGACAGAAAGAAGAACGAUGGAGACGGUGAGGUGGAUUACGUAGAGGAAGAUGAAGAUGAGGGUCAUGAAGAGGAUGAGAAUGUUGGAGAUGAUGAUCAUAAAGAGUCACGAGAGGAUGAAAAGGAAAAAACUAAUAAGAAAGGUGGCAUGGUGACAGAAGACAAAAUGAAGAAUGAAGGAGGUGGUGAAGAGUCAAAAGAGAAAGAGGGAUAUGAAGAUGAGGAAGCAGAUGAUAUAGUGUCAGAAGAAGAGGUUGAAGAGGAAGAAGACAGAGAAAACGAUGAAAUUCUCACAGAAGACAAAAAGAAGAAUAGAGAAGACAAAUUCUAUAAUGUAGAGUUAUGUGAAGGAAAGGAAGAUCAAGAAGAUGAGGGUGAUAAUAUAAUGUCACAAGAUGAUAAAGACGAGAAACGUGAUAAAGUUGUGAAGGAAGAGGAAAAGAAAAAGAAAAAAGAGGAUGAGAUAGAAAAUCUAGAGCCAAAAGCAGAAGAUGAAGAAGGUGAUCAAGAUGAGGAAGAUAAUUUGGUGUCAGAAGAAGAGGACGUAGAGGAAAAAGACAAAGAAGACGAUGACUUUGUGACUAGACACUCAAAAAAGUAUGGAGAACAUAACGAAGGCUGUAACAUAGAUUCAGAAGAAAAGGAUGAAGACGAUGUACCUGAUUAUAUAGAAUCAGAAGAGGAGGAAAAUGAAGAAGACAAGGAAAAUGAUGUUACGAUGGCAGAAGAGAAAUCAAAGAAGGAAGACGAGAAAGUUGAUGAUGUAGAGUCAGAAUGGGAGCAGAAUGAUGAGAAGGUUGAUUAUAUGAUGUUACAAGAAGAGGACGUACAGGAAAAAUACAAUGAAGAUGAUGAAUUUCUGACAGAUGACCUAAACAAGAAUGGAGGAGAUGAUGAAGACGAUGCUAUAGAUUCAGAAGAGGAUGAAGAUGAAAUAGAUAAUGUACAGUCAGAAGAAGAGGAACAGAAAGAAGAUGAGGGUUAUAAUGUGGUGUCAGAAAAAGAGAAUAAAGAGGAUGAAGAUAAGGAAGAUGAUGAAUUUGCGAUAGAGAAGAAAAAGGGCAAUGAAAUGGACGAAGACGUGGAUGAUACACAAUUAGAAGAGGAAGAGGAAGAUGAAGAAGAUGAGGAUGAUGAUAGAGAGUCAGAAGAAGAUAAAAAGGAGGAGGACAAUGAAAACGAUGAAAUCAUGACAGAAGAGAAAUGGAAGAAUAAAGAAGACAGUGAGAUGGAUCAUGAAAAGUUAAAAGAAGAGGAAGAUGAAGGUGGAAAGGAUGAUGAUACAGAACAGCAAGAUGAAGAUGAUUAUACAAAAGAAGAGGAAGGAGAUGAGACUGAUGAUAUAGAAAUGUCAGAUGAAGACGAGGAGAAGGAUGAGCAACAUGAUGAUGAAAUUGUGACAGAAGAGGAGGAGAAGGAAGAGGAAGACGAGAAAGCAAAUGGUGUACUGGUGUCAGAAGAAGAGGGAGAGAAGGACGAGGAAGACGAGGAAGACGAGGACGAGGAGUGA